AUGCGCUGUCGCGUCGCCUCACUUUACUAUGAAGAGCGUCGCAAAUCAGGGACAGCGGAAGGUACGAGCGGUAAGGCAACAGUGUACUACUUACCAGAAUCUGAUCCGGUUGCGGGUACAGCUCCAAAAGUGUUCGGUCAACACGUCGCGUUGGCCACACCCUUGGCUGUCGAAGGCAAGAAGUUAAACCUUGCUGACGGCGAUCCUUUUGAGAGCAUAGAUAUUUUACCCAAGCGGCGUGACGAAAUACUAGGACGUCUGGAUCACUGGAACCAGGAGACCAACGUGAAGGUGGACAAAUCGUUUGAGGUGCUGAGCAAAAGCAUUUCGUCCCAAGUACACUACUUUUUGGAUAAUAAUGCUGAUUUUUUGAAGAAAGCGCGCCCAUCUAAGAUUCCAGACAACGUUAUUGGAUACGAAUUGCUGCGGGACAAGCUGGGUCUGCAGGAGUGCCGCAAGAUUAUCUUGUCAGGACUAUACAACGAUCAGCUGUUUUACGUUCAGUUGCUCCGAUUUCUCAUUCAAACGGGCGCGGAAAGCGACGCCAACCUGCGUGAGGAAGAGCAGCAGUUAAGAAACGACCACUCUGACAAGCCGCGCAUGUCCGUUGCGAAAACUUCGAAAUCGCGUCGUCUACGGUAUACAGUAAUUGAGAAAUUGCAAAACUUCGUGGUUAGUGCGUUUUCCGGUCUGGCGAAAAGCGAACAGGAGCGUACAAGAAAGAAGGCCGUAACCAGCCCUGACGUGGUUGACCUUAUAAUUAGUCUUCCAAACGGCCUUGGUGGUGGCGCCGGCACAUCGGCGCUUGAACGUGGUAUUAUGGCUGGCAUCCGACGCCAUGAGAUUUUUGUGAGCAAUGACGGUCACAAGUUUGGUGAAGUUGUGGAAGAGUGCAGCGGCAUUCUGACCGACGGCAGCGCAGACGAAGUCGUGUUAAAGGUUCCGUUGAAGCAUGCGACACGAGCUGUGUCCGUCUGCGAGUCGCUUAAACGUCGCUUCGCCGACAUAAAAGUGGCCAUUGAACUCCGCAACAUCUUCGUGAGUUUACCGAAUCGCCGCGCACAAAUACACGCAGAGUGGGAAAUCCGGAGCGGUGCGGCGCCAGUACACGCUGUUAGAGAUACGGAUUUCACGUCAUAG